AUGCGGCGUAACAAUGUCAUUGUUCUUACCCCGACAGACUGUAUGCUAAUUGGAGUGCGGGCAUUUAAUGAAAGAGGCCUCAGACCAACUGCCAGAAACCAAGGUGGGUCAAAUCAGUCAUUAACGACAGCCUCAAAUGGGGACUUACGUUCUCAAAGAGAAAAAUUAUAUUCGAUGCUACAGGAAGCUUGUGACGAUUUGCCGCCGACUGAUUCACCAGAGGGUACGACAUCCCCAGGAGGUGCUCGCAAACAAGAAUCUCCAGAAGAAGGUCAAAUAUCAACUGCUAUUGUUAAUGCAGAAAAAUUGAUUAAAAUGGUUUCAGCGACACGCGGGACAAAGGGUAUUAACAAAAAGGCAGAACAACAAAAACAAGAAAAACAUAAACAAGAUGAAUUGCAAAAGGCAGAACAACAGUGGAAAUCAAAAUUUAGUGACGUUAUAAACUGGCUCAAUAAGUUGGUUAAGCAAAUUGAUGACAGCAAAUAUGACGAGAAAGAUUUUACAAAAUCGAAAAAUAUAGCAGGAAGUCACGAGGAAGUUAAUAAAUGCAAUGCUAUCAUUCUGGAUUGUUGUAGAAAGCUGAAAAAUGAAAAUGAUAGUAAAACGAGUAUCGAAACAGAAGUAGCAUCGUUACUGGAGGAUAUUAAAGCAUGGGGUGAUACCAAACCUCCCAAAAAAGCAAACGUAAAUACAUGCAAAGUGGUCGAAUCUCUUCGUGAUAGUCGCUCGAAGCUUCGUGAAAGAAUACUUGAAUUUAAAAGUAUCGAAACCGAAGUAGCAUCAUUACUUGAGGAUAUUAAAGCAUGGGAUGAUACCAAACCUCCCAAGAAAGCAAACGGAAAUGCAAGCACAGUGGUCGAAGCUCUUCGUGAUAGUCGCUCGAAGCUUCGCGAAAGAAUACUUGAAUUUAAAAGUGCCAAUAAAGAAAUGAAAUUAUUAUUGAACGAAAUUAAAGAAUGGAAUGAUAUCAAAACUAUCAAUGAAGCUAAAGAAGAUUGUAAAGAUAAAGUUGUAAAAGAAUUUCGAGAAGGUCGUUUGCAGGUUCAUAAAUGGAAAAAAGAGUUUAAAAGCGCAAAAGAAGAAGUUGAUUGUCUUACAAAGGACCUAAAGUCAUGGUUUGAAGUGAAAGCUAUAGACGGAGAAAUAGAUUCUGACUGUGAAUUAGCAAGAUUAAUUCGUUCAAAUCGUUCCACAAUUUUUGAAAAAAAGAAAGAGCUUCAAAGUAUCCAAUCGGAAGUAAACUCUUUCCUGGAGGAUAUUGAUAGAUGGGAUGAUACCAAACCUCUAAACAAAGCAAACAAAAAUCAAUGCAAAGUGGUCAUAGCUCUCCGUGAAAGUCGCUCGAAGCUUCGCGAAAGAAAACUUGAAUUUAAAAGUGGACAUGACAAAGUGGGUAUCGCGCGGAAGGAUAAACAAAGUCAAGACCAAGUGGUUAAAGAAAUGUGGAGACUGAUAAGCCCUUCAUCAGGCAAAGCUAACUCAGACGGAUAUGAAAUCGGAACAGCUUUGAUAGAGAUAAAACAAUACGUAUCAGAUGCGCAAAUACGUCUUGCUGAAUUCAACGAUAUCGAAACAGAAGUAAAUUCUUUACUGGAGGAGAUUAAUAGAUGGGAUGAUACCAAACCUCUAAACAAAGCAAACAACAAUCAAUGCAGGGUGGUCAUAGCUCUCCGUGAAAGUCGUUCGAAGCUUCGUGAAAGAAUACUUGAAUUUAAAAGUGGACAACAUGACAAAGAAGAACUUGCGCGGAACGAGAAACGUAGUCAAGAGCAAGUGAUCAUGAUUCAAGAAAUAUUGACAAUUAUUGGGUCUACAUCGAGCAAAGUUAUCUCGGGAGGAGAUGAAAUCGGAACAGGUUUGACAGUGAUUAAAAAGUACGUGUCUAAUGCGCAAGGACGUUUAGCUGAAUUCAACAAGUAAGCUUCUUUCUGACCAGAUCACCUUGGUCAGUCAUUCCAAGUAUUAUCACAAGCAUAAUUAGCGGAUGUCCUUUGACUUU